AUGGUUUUGGAGGCAUCAGCAGAGAAAAGUAGAGAAGGAGAAAAGAGAGAUAUUGAAAAAAACAUACCUGAAACCUCUACAGAUAACUCGUGGGAAAUUCCUCAAACAAGCAUGGAAGAUUCACAAUUGAGUAAAAUAAUCGAUAUACGAGUAACACCAAGUAUUAAGGACUUUGCGUAUGACAUUUCAGAUCCUAGGCAUUUUGGGAUAUACGAUAAUGAUGAUAGUGAUGAUGGUGAUGAUAAUGAUGAUGAUAGGAGCAACGAUGAAUACGAUGAUGUAGACGAUGAUUACAUUUUGCAACAAGGACAUAGUGAAGGAAUAUACUCCAAAGAAAAUCUUGAGAACUAUUCAGAUUUAAAGAGUGAAGGGAAUGCCUUAUUUCUUGAUGGUUCUAGGCAGUAUGGGUUGGAACGAGAUCAGCAAAGAAACGAUCAUACUACCAAUGAAAUAUUACAUGCUAUAGCAUUGUAUCCGUUUGUCCCUGAAAAUUCAAACGAAUUACCCCUUGUCCCUGACCAGGUGCUAAUAAUUAACUACGAAUGUGGUGACGGAUGGCUAGUUGCUCAUGACCCCCAAACGGGUCAAACAGGUCUUGUGCCUAGUGAAUAUAUACAAAUGGUUGGCGAGGCUCCAGCUGGAUCUUUUGAUGACCAAGACAACUAUGAGCCAAUCGAGGAUCCAUCUGAAGAGCAACUGGAUGAAUUAUCUCCAACAUACCAAAGCUUUGUAGACGAUAUUAAAGAUGCACGCAGGUUCAUGCCUGAAAUACUAAACGGAGAUGUCGAUGAUGUGCCGACGGAAAGCUUGGGUAAACUCUCGAUUUAG